AUGUCGCUCAAUCACCCCUUUGACCCUUUGACUCCAAAGGAGAUCGCAAAGGCCGCAGCAAUUGUGCGCCGCGAAUUCCAAGGACAAACACCCAAUUUCCGAGUGAUUACUUUGAAAGAGCCCGCAAAGGCUGAGAUGAUGUCAUUCAUGGAGCACGAGCAUCAAGGAGAAGCUGCCUGCAAGAAGCCCGCGCGAAUUGCCCGUGUUCAGGUAGUUCUUCCUGGUGAUCCGGCGAGCAAGUUCAUUGAACUCUGGGUCGACCUCGACCAAGCUGCCAUACUUGGAAAACAGCAUCUUGUCGGAAAGCAUCCGUACAUCGACUCCGACUAUAUGCAAGCUGUUGAGAAGGCCUGUCUGGCAGAUCCAAGAGUUCAGGAACAAAUUACGCUCCUUCAACUACCUGCCGGCGCUUCUGUUAUUGUCGAGGCAUGGGCAUACGCUACAGAUGGUCUCAAUGAUAUGUCACAGCGGACCACCAUGUGCUGGUUCUAUAUGCGGUUGGUGGACAAUGCCGAUGCUAACUACUACGCGUAUCCGCUAGAUCUGUGUGCGGAGGUAUCGGAGGAAUUGAAAGUCACUAAAAUCUAUCAAUUGCCUUCGGGUCCCGAUGACCGUAUCAACGAAAAGCCAAAGCCAUUUGACCGCCGCAAAAUUCACGGAGCGGAAACCGAAUAUAUCCCUGAAUUGCGACCUUCUCCCCGAACCACAACGAAGCCGUAUCAAGUACUGCAACCUGAAGGUCCGUCCUUUAAGGUACAAGGCAACUUUUUAGAAUGGGAAAAGUGGUCCAUGCACAUCGGAUUCAAUUACCGAGAAGGCCUCACUCUUCACGAUAUUCGUUACGAUAACCGCAGCCUGUUUUACCGCUUAUCCCUUGCAGAGAUGUUUGUACCAUAUGGCGACCCUCGAGCUCCAUACCCGCGCAAAGCCGCAUUUGACCUUGGCAAUGAUGGGGCUGGAAUUAAUGCCAAUAAUCUACAACUGGGUUGCGACUGCCUGGGCCAUAUUAAGUACUUUGAUGGCUGGCACACGACUACUACCGGAGACCCAGUUAAGCUACCUAACGUGAUAUGCUGUCAUGAACAGGAUGACGGGAUCUUGUGGAAGCAUACAAACUUCCGGACCAAGAAUGCAGUUGUAACGCGUUCGCGAGUUCUAGUCUUGCAAACGAUUAUCACUGUGAGUAACUACGAGUAUAUCUUUGCUUUCCAGUUCGGUCAGGAUGCAUCGAUUCAUUACGAGGUUCGCGCUACUGGGAUUCUCUCCACUACUCCGAUAGAUAUUGGAGACAAGGUACCUUAUGGUACCAUCGUCGCGCCAGGCGUCUUGGCCCCUUACCAUCAGCAUUUGUUCUCUCUGCGCAUGGAUCCUGCCAUCGAUGGCCAUAGCAAUUCCUUGCAGGUAGAAGAAUCAUACGCUAUGCCUGUUGAUUCCCCGAGCUUUGACCACGACGGCAAAUCGCAAGCCCAGGUCGACUCUUACACCAAUCCCUUCGGCGUCGGAUACGUCACGCGCUCUUCCAUCGUCGACAAAGAAGGAGGACUGGACCUAGAUUUCACCAAGAACCGGACAUUCAAAAUCGUCAACGAGAACGUCAUUAAUCCCAUAACAGGGACUCCUGUCGGAUUCAAGCUUCUGCCAGCCUACAGCCAGAUGCUCCUAGCACACCCGGACUCAUACCAUGCCAAGCGCUCUGAAUUCGGAAAGCACGCUGUUUGGGUCACGCGUUUUCAGGAUGACGAGCAUUUCCCAGCUGGCCGCCAUACCAUGCAGUCAACCGGUGGCGACGGUAUCGCUACCGCUAUUGCAAAGCGGGCUGGAACUGAAGAAUCUUCGGUCCGAAACAAGGAUAUCGUCAUCUGGCACACGUUUGGGUCGACUCAUAACCCAAGAAUUGAAGAUUGGCCUGUUAUGCCAUCGGAUAAGAUGGUGGUCAGUCUUAAACCUGCCAACUUCUUCACUGGAAACCCUGGGCUAGAUGUUGCUGUGUCGACACAGGAGAGAAAUCGGAGCGUGUUGGUUGAUGGAGGCGAUGAUGUGAACUCGAAGUCGGGGUGUUGCAGACUGUAG